CUUGCUCUCUUCCCAACCGUCUAUCUAUCGGCAGGAACUGCAACAGCUUUAAUUCUAAUAGGAGGGGAGACCAUGAAACUAUUUUUUCAGAUAGUUUGUGGUCCCUUAUGUUCAUCAAAUCCCCUAACAACAGUAGAGUGGUAUCUAGUGUUCACUUCACUAUGUAUCGUUCUAUCUCAGCUCCCAAACCUCAAUUCAAUUGCAGGACUUUCACUCGUUGGAGCCGUGACAGCCAUAACUUACUCCACAAUGGUUUGGGUCCUCUCUGUAAGCCAGCCAAGGCCACCCACAAUUUCUUAUGAGCCAAUUACAUUGCCAUCCUCUUCGGCUUCUGUCUUUGCAGUCUUGAACGCUCUUGGUAUUGUAGCCUUUGCUUUCAGGGGGCACAAUUUAGUUCUGGAGAUUCAGGCAACAAUGCCAUCAACCUUUAAACACCCAGCUCAUGUGCCCAUGUGGAAAGGAGCCAAGGUUGCCUAUUUCUUCAUUGCAAUGUGUUUGUUCCCUGUUGCAAUUGGUGGCUUUUGGGCUUAUGGAAACCUUAUGCCUUCUGGAGGGAUUCUCAAUGCCUUGUACGGAUUCCACAGUCAUGACAUCCCUAGAGGACUUCUUGCAAUGUGUUUCCUCCUAGUUGUGUUUAAUUGUUUGAGCAGUUUCCAGAUAUACUCAAUGCCUGUAUUUGACAGUUUUGAAGCUGGUUACACUAGUCGUACCAACCGUCCCUGCUCGAUUUGGGUCCGGUCUGGUUUCCGAGUUUUCUACGGAUUCAUCAACUUCUUCAUAGGAGUGGCACUCCCCUUCCUCUCCAGUCUUGCCGGGCUACUAGGAGGACUCACACUUCCAGUCACAUUUGCCUAUCCUUGCUUCAUGUGGGUUCUCAUUAAGAAGCCUACAAAGUACAGCUUUAACUGGUAUUUUCAUUGGAUCUUGGGUUGGCUGGGGAUUGCGUUUAGUUUGGCCUUUUCCAUUGGAGGCGUGUGGAGCAUGGUCAACAAUGGACUUAAAUUGAAGUUCUUCAAGCCGCCUAAUUGAUGUUUCAAUGGCCCCUGCUUCAUAAUUCUUCAAAUUUUGUUAAGAAUGUUAUAAACACUGUUGCUUUGCUGCAAAUUAAAUACGUCUUGUGCGUACAUAUUCGUGUUCUUUUGUGGCACAUGGUUAAAUGGUGUAAUGGUUGGGAAGUUUGUUCUGGUUCUGUAACAGAUAACUUUAUAUACUUACAUAGCCCUUCCACCUGA